GGUAGAGGCGGUUUCGCAGCAGAUGCUGAAGGGGUUGAGCGCAUAAAAAGCGGCUGGGGGAGUCUCCACAGUAGUCAGUAGAUUGAGAGGAAAGACAGGUGCGUCAAAGAUGAAGUGGCUUGUUGCUGUGCUGGCUGUGUGCGCCCUGGUAUCCAGCGCCCAUUGUGCCUCAGAUUCUGUUGCAUGGUGUUAUCACCUCCCACAAUGCAGUUACACUACCUGGCCGACCAUUGCUACUCAAUUCUGCAAUGGCACGCGACAGUCGCCUAUUGACAUUGUCACAUCUGAUGUCAAAGAGAACUCCAACCUGUCUGCGUUCAACUUCGUCAACUUCGACAGCACCACCGCCAUGAGUAAGAUCGAAAACACAGGAAAGACAAUCAAAGUCAUCCUCAACAGUGGUCUAACGGUCUCAGGGGGAGAUCUGCCCCAGACCUUCGAAAGCCUGCAGUUCCACUUGCACUGGGGUAAUGGCACCUCCAUCCCUGGCUCUGAACACACUGUGAAUGGCAAGCGCUACCCCAUGGAGAUGCACAUUGUAAACAUUGGGGCAUCCUUCAAUGGGAACACAACUCUGGCUGUUGCAGACCCUAAAGGACUGGCUGCUCUUGGUUUCUUCAUUGAGGUGGGCAAUUCACCCGGGCAACCUGAAAGCUGGAGAAACUUGAGCUCCUACCUUAGCAGCAUCCGAAACCAAGGUGAAGAGGUUUCGAUUAUACCCGGCUUUUCAAUAAAUGAUCUCCUGUUUGGCGUGAAUCUCGACAGUUACUACCGUUACCUCGGCUCCUUGACCACACCUAACUGCAAUGAAGCUGUAGUUUGGACCGUGUUUAAGGAUCCAAUCAAAGUCAGCAGUGAAAUUAUAAACCUCUUCAGCGAAUUGCCACGUAUCGGGAACAAUGAAUCACAGGUAAUGCUGAAUGUCUUCAGAGGCAUCCAGCCAGCACAAGAGGUCACCACACAGGCCAGAGAGACCACUAGCUCUUCCUCCAAGGCGUGCUACUCUCUGGUGCUGAUGGCUCUGGGCCUUACUCUGGGGAGGCAUUAGAGCCAUGGAAGGAGAAUUUAGCUGUUUGCCUGUAUGUUCUAUCUUUCUUUUUAUCCAAUCACGUACUGAAUUAUUUAUUGUAAGUGCCCUCAGUUCAGUCUGCAGGAGGUCUCUAGCAUCCCAGCAAACCUGAGCCUCAACGCCACCAGAACUUUGCUGCUAUCCACUGUAGCUUUAAAUAUUCUUAAUGUCAACCUGAUUACUUAGAAAGAUGUUUCAUGGGAAGACAGAUGAGUUGGUCUCCUGUAUUAUUCCAGCUAUAUAUAUAUAUAUAUAUAUAUAUAUAUAACCUGUAAAGAAUCAUCUAUCCAAAUUCAGAAUUUUAACUGAUCUAUGUACACUUGGUGUAAUGAAGGAUUGACUUGUCAGUGAACACCAUUAUUUAUCAACACCAUGAUUUGCAUAAUGUUGCCCUGUGCUGCACUACUUGGACAUGUAACAGAACUGUGACCUCAUGUAACUGUUUCUAAAUUAAAAUGGAUUGGUAUCAAUCUC